AAUAUAAAACAAGUGAGCUCUAUCAAAGGCUCGACACCAAAUAAUUUCUAGAAAAUAUUUAUAGCGAUAUUUUGAGCGUUUAUAGUUUCGUGAAAACAGUGAUAAUACAACAAACAGUGCAUGCAGGGAAAAUAUGUUGUUCUGUAGGGUGAAACGAGGUACGAGUGUGUUAAACGAAGACAGAUACGAUGAUGAAAUCGAUGAAAAGAGGCGAUCGGGGAUUAUUUCGAAAUCCAUCGGCACGGCCACGUAUGAAGUGGAAACAGCUGAUGUAAAAACUUAUCCGAAAACUAAAGAGGAAGAAAAUCAGAUUAGGGCUGCAUUGGAACAAAACGAAUUCCUAUCAAAUGUACUCAAAAAUGACCGAUACCAGAGGUUUAUUGACUGCAUGUUUAAGGAAAAGGUGCAUUUAGGGGAAGAGCUUAUUAAAGAGGGUGAUUUUGGAGCUCACGUGUAUAUUUCACGCACAGGUACAUAUGAAAUAUUAAUCCAAAACCAAAGUAUUACCACAUUCAAUGACGUCAGAGUAUUUGGAGAGCUGGCGAUUCUUUAUUCAGCCAAACGCCAUGCUUCUAUCAGAGCAGUCGACGAUAACUGUUCCGUGUGGGUUUUAGAUUGUAAGACCUUUAAGAUACUCAACAUUAAAACGGCUUUAGAGGAACAAGAAGAAAUUGCAUCUUUUCUGCAAAAUGUACCUGAAUUAGGUACUGCUCCCAUUGAAAAGUUGUACCAAGUGGCGAAUCUCUUAGAGUUAGAAUUUUUUAAAAGUGGUACUGAAAUUAUUAAACAGUGCGAGCUAGGCAAUAAGUUUUAUAUUAUUCGAGCUGGGACAGUUACUGUAGAAAAAGAUAAUGAAAAAAUAACAGAACUGUCUAGGGGAAGAUACUUCGGAGAAGUAGCCCUCUUGAAGGAUGAAUUUAGACAAGCCACAGUAAGAGCUGAUCCUCCCGGUGUUGAAUGUUUAACCCUAACCAGGGAACACUUUAUAGAGCAUUUCGGCAACAUUCAUGAGUUCGUAAGGCUAAAGAGUGAGCCUUACACAGCCACGGAGAAACUAUCAGACAUUCCAAAUAUAAAUUUGGACGAAUUCAAUGUUUUACAGACCUUGGGGCUGGGAGCGUAUGGAAGAGUACAGCUGAUUCAACAUAAUCGACAGAAAAGUCUGGUCUUUGCCCUGAAGUAUAUCAAAAAGUCAGAAAUUCGGAAGAAAACACACCAAGAACAAGUGUAUAAUGAAAAAAAUUUGCAUUCUUCCUGCAAUUCUCCUUUUAUAACUAAAAUGUACAGAAGCUUCAAAACUAGCAAAUAUAUUUAUUUUAUAUUGGAAGUUGGACUGGGAGGCGAUCUUUGGAGUUUGCUGCAUUCCCAAAAAUUAAAGAGGUUUGAUGAAGACAAAGCCAAGUUUUAUGCAGGUUGUGUUUUGGAAGGCCUAAGCUAUCUCCAUGCCCUUGGAAUAAUUUACAGGGAUUUAAAACCAGAAAAUAUUAUUGUGCAUCAUAAUGGAUACAUAAAGUUAGCAGACUUUGGUUUCGCCAAAAGGACUGAUGCUAAAGAGAAGACAUUUACUUUUGUAGGUACUGCGGAAUACGUAGCCCCAGAGAUAAUCCUGAGCAAAGGUUACAAUAGAGCUGUGGACUACUGGGCCUAUGGAGUAUUCGUUUACGAACUUCUUGUAGGUAAAACGCCUUUCAGAACCAACGACCCUGGUCAUAUGAAUACUUACAAGCUAAUCCUGAAAGGGAUAGAGUUUGUGAUUUUUCCAGAGUUCGUGUCAGGAACUGCUAAGAAUCUUAUAAAAAAGCUUUGUACACAAUCGUCUUCAGACAGGUUGGGUUGCCAGAAGUCCGGUAUUCAGGCCAUCAAAAGGCAUUUAUGGUUCGGUAGUUUGGACUGGAAUAAACUUAGUCACCUCGAAGUGGAACCCCCAUAUAGGCCAAAGUUAAUCGACAAUGUUGACACGAGGUACUUUGAGAAGUUUCCGGAUGACAAAGAUGUACCUCCAGAUGAUUUUUCUGAUUGGGACAAAGACUUAUAAAUAAAAUUUUAUUACUAUGUAAAGUUAUAAUGUGUUCUAAAUUAUAAUAGGAAAUCUAAACUCCUGAACACAAUUUUUGCAUCAUUUGUCUUAAAUUUGUGCUAAUUUAAGAUGUCGAUCUUAGACAGUCCUAUAAAUGCUCAAUGAUGUUGAGAUCAGAACUGUUAGGUGGCCAUGAAAAGUCUGCUUCAUCUACUUUCUAAUACUUUAGAACACUUAAGAAUGCAACAUAUACUUGAAAUGUUAUAGAUAUGAGAUCUGAAGCGGACUUUUAAGACGGUUAGUACAUUUAAAAAUCAUUAUUUUCCAAAUUAUUUUAAAAUAUCAUUGAUACCUAAAUGUUUUACAGGAGUUUAUAAAUUUCUAAAAUAGUUUUAAUUAGAGAAAUUUUUAAAUAAAAAUAGAAAUAUUGUGUAUAUUCAUAAGUAUUUAAGUUAUUCUUGUAAAUAAAUUAA